GGCAGAUAUAUAACUAUCAAAUCAGGAUUUAACCACAAACGAAUUAGCUAUCCUUGCGCGAGCUUUUCUUAUACAAUGCCACCGGCGCCAGGAAACGAUACCACAUACCUAAAGGAUACUGUGGGUGAAGCUUUGGCUCGUGGAUGUGCAGCGACAAUUGGUGCUCAACCAAAUGACCCAGUGGAGUAUCUAGGCCUCUGGCUUUUGAAAUACGUAAAAAAUGCGGAGGUUGAGGGCAACUUCUAUAGGGAGCGGCAGCAGGAACUGCAGCAAAAGAAGGAUAAGCUGGUAAAGGAGGCUCAAGCCGAGCAGGCCCUUAAAUCAGCGGCUGCGACACGCAAGGAGGCCGCGGAGGGUCUCGGCCUACUUGCUGCCGUACCACGCGAUCUCCUGCAGGCCGCCGUACAACUUAUACGACAGCACACCUCGGCUGGCGCCGCUUACGCCGCCAUCAUCACAGACCCCGAGGAGCCCGACUGGACUCCCCCAGAGGACGACGAAGCGGCUGCAGUGGAGUCAGAGGACGAGGGCGAGCCCUCCGCAGCAGCAGCAGCCGAUGGGGAGGACGCGGCUCAGCCCGAUCAGGACGCUGAUGCCGGCGGGGAGGAGGGCAUGGAGGGCGCGGAGGGCGAUGGCGCGCCGCCCGCCCGCAAGAUCCCUCGCCCCGUAGACUACAGCAAGAAGUACUUUGCCUACGUGGCUGCCAGCGCCGGCCAGGAGCACGUGCUGCAGUCCGACCUCUACCGCCCAUCACCCCCUCCCGACGACGCGCCGGAGGACUUCAAGCCUGAGCCGCUGCCGUACACCUUCCGUAUCCUGGACGAGAAGCUGCCCAUGGUGUACGUGGCCAACGUGGCUUCCGAGGAGCGCAUCAAGUUCUUCCGCAACUUCCCCAAGAUCGGCUCCUACCAGGCAUGCGGCGUGUCGCUGGCCUCCAGCGGGGAGUUCAAGGCGCUGCUGGCGGCGGACACGCUGUUCCCGGAGGGUAGCGGCCAGCCGCUGCCGCCUGAGGACAAGGACUUCAUUUGGGAGGUGUCGCAGUCGCUGGGCAAGGCGAUGGACGCGGUGGCGGCGCAGGCGGCGGCGGCGCUGGCGGGCGCCUCGGCGGGAGAGAAGCUGGAGGCGCUGCGGGCGCAGGUGAUGGAGCUGUGGGGGAAAGCGGCGGUGGAGGCGGCGGCGGCAGCCCCGCCCCCGGCAGCCGGCGAGGAGGAGGAGGGCGCCGCACCCCAGGAGGAGGAGCCGGCGCCUGAGGAGCCCGAGGAUGCGGAGGGAGAGGGCGAGGAGGAUGAGGAGGGUGAGGACGGAGAGACGCCCAGACCCCGGAAGAAGAAGGUGGCGGACCCCAUCCCGGGUAUCCAGGCGGCCAUUGCUAAGCUGACAGCGGCAGCGGAGGCGGCUGCUGAGGCGGAGGCGCAUGCGCGGGCGGCGGUGGAGCUGGAGCAGCAGGCCCUGGCGGCGGUGGUGCAGCACAUGCUCACCGUGCCGCAAGCCACCUUCCACAUCGUCAAGGCGCUGCUGCACCUGCUGGGCAAGGAGCCCGCCAGCUUUGCCACCUGGAAGCGCGCCUUUGCGCACUUCACGCCCGCGCUGUUUGAGGACAUGGCGGGCUACGACGCGACGCAGGAGCGCGACAUGGCGCUGUGGGCGCGUGUGCGGUCUUGCUACAAGGCGGUGUCGGCGCCGAAGAAGCUGGAGACGGAGAUGCCCAACACCGCCUUUGGCGCGGUGGCGUUCAUGUACAUCAAGCAGGUGCGGCGAGUGGCCCGGAAGGCAGUGCUCCUCCGGAAGGCGGUGGCUAAGCUGGAGAAGGCGCAGGCGGACGUGACGGCCAAGCAAGCAGCGUUGGAGGAGGCGAUCCGUCUCAAGGCGGAGGCCGAGGCUGAGGCUGCUCGGCAAGCGGAGGAGGCGGCUGCGCGGGCGGCGGCUGAGGCGGCCGCGGCAGCAGCUGCUGGCGAGGGCCAGGCGGAGGGCGGCGAGGGGGAAGCCGCCGGAGAAGAGGGGGAGGAGGGGGAGGGCGAUGAGUGAGCGUGAGCCUUAGGAUGGUCUCGCUAUCUGCCAUCGGAUGCUUGGUAUGUGAUUUAGCGUGCUGCGUGGUAGGGGGGAGCUACAUGUAUAUGUACAUGACGUUUGCGUGAUUCUGUUUGACGCCGCAUUGCAAACACUGCAAGCGUGUAUAGUCGGGUAGUGUUACAUGCAUAGCAUGCAUUGCAAGACGCAGAGUAGGGCGGAGGUAACAACGUACAUAGCACAGGGGCAGGGACAGGUGACUAGCAUUGCUGGUGUCUUUAGGGCUGCGUAUUGCAAUCGUAGGUGACGGUAUGUGGCGGUGUUGCGCGGAAUGAGGAAUAUCGGAUACUUUGGCAGCUGGAGUCUCCUCUGGUAGAGUACAGGUGUUCCAAAGCGACACCGAGUUUAAAUUAUAGGGCGCCU